CGAGGGUCCUUUUAGGUCGGCGCGAAUUUCGUACUCAAAAGUUACCGUCCGCAAAGUUGAACGCACGCGACGCAACUUGGAGAGUUCUCAACUUCGCUCACAACAUCCGCGAUCCCGGGAGGUUUAGGCAAAAGUUCCGCGGGAACAAAAGAGUGCCGGGCCCGAACAAUAAAAGUGAAUCCUUGUUUCCAGGACUAAUUAAAAAUAACUACUUACUGAAAUGUUCACGGACUAAGUGCGAGUCAAACAAAAUGGCUGCUGCCAUGAUUGCUGAUCGAGGACUUCGUAAAAAAUUGACACAGGAAGCUAUUCCUGUAAAAACUCCUAAAAAGCCGUCAAAGCGCAAAUCGACCGCUAGCGGCUCCAGAAAUGACAAAAAGAACGAGCAAAAUAACAACAAACGCCCGAAAAUUCAAACCGGAGACCCUAAACUGGAUUUAUUUUCGACUUAUCAACCUUGGGUCAUCCAAACUUAUGGGGAUUUGGCAAAAACCAAGACUAUAACUCUCAAAAAGUACGCCAGGAUCCUUCGUACGCUUCGCGGGGAGGAGUGUAACAGUUCGGACAGUUCAAAGUUUCGUUUUUGGGUGAAAGCGAAGGGUUUCCACGUGGGGAAGCCGCCGGGGUACGAGGCGAAGCCGGCCGACGGCAUCGUGUGCCGCUACAGCGUGCAGGACGCGGAGGGCUGCGCAAAGAACCCCGAGGGGAAGGAGAUCUACACCGGCUCACAGAACGACCCGCCGCUUUACAUCCCUACGCCACCAUUAAAGAACGCGCCGAACCAGGAGCCAGUGUAUAGAAAAGUCGCGAUAGUAGAAAACUUCUUCGAUAUCAUCUACACCGUGCAUGUGGAGCUUGAAGGUCGACCAGGCAAGCAUGCUGGCCAGAAACGUACAUACAGAACUAUAACGGAGACGUACGCGUUCCUACCCCGGGAGGCAGUCACGCGCUUCCUCACCGGAUGCGCUGAAUGCGCACGGCGCCCGCGCAGCGCCUCCCCACCACCCCUCCCCACUCCCUCUCCCUCCCCCACACGGCACCCCACAUACCUACCCUUCCUACCUCACUGCCCCACCGAUUACACCAGAAACUGGGAAUCAGAAAUAGACGCGGCACACUCCAACUACCCCUACGAACCCAAAUUCGACUACACCGAACUCCAGCCUCUUAAAAAAGUAGAAAGCCCAAAAGCGACAGACUCUGAAGACCAGGAACCUACGUAUAUAGAGUUGACAUCAAAGAAAGUCAACGGUUUUGACUCAAAUCCCUUAUUCAGCAGAAGUUCGCCCGUCGAACCGCCGUUUAGAGAAGAAGAACCCGUCAGAACCGACCCGGAGAUCGACAAAGAUGAGAACAGCCUGAUCGACGUAGAAGAUGUCAAAAGUGACAGCCCUGUCCCUAGUGUCAUUCCGAAAGACGAAGAUUGUGACAAAGAUAAAGAAAUCGUAAGAGUUAAAGAAGAAAAGACUGAUGAUAAGAAACAGAAGAAGUAUAAUCCGUUGGACGUCGCUAACUUAACGUCUAAAGACCCUCCAAAGUCGGCAUCUCCGCCUAGAAAGAAGUUGUUGCCUUCGAGUUUAGAGUAUUCCAAUUCGUUCGGACGGUUUCCAAAGCCGUGGCGGCCAGACGGAGGGGUAUACUUCGGCGGGGAGGAGGUGGAUUACAGCGUGCCCAUAACGACAGCGUAUCUCAAGCAUAUGCGGAGUAUGGCGUAUCAAGAACGACUGGACAUGGAAAAUAAGGAUAAUUUAACACCGGAGCCUGCAGACAUGAACGAUGAUGAUAACUUCUCAAGUCAGGCCUUCGCGAAAGACGCAGAGAAGUUGAAAAUGAUGUUGCUAGCAUGGAAUUACCACAGCCAGACACAAGGCCGCAACGGCGACAUCACCGAGAGCGGGGCCGACAGCAUGGCCGACCUGUGGGCCUCGUACCAUAGCGCGCUGGGCCUCGGCAGCAAGCCGCCCAAGCCGCCCACACCCCUGGCCACUGGCCAUUCGAGUCCCAUCCAUGUCGGUUCAGCGACGCCGGUGGAACCCGCGUCCACACACGACGAGACCUCGUCGUCGGACCGCACGAAGGACGACGACGACGCCGGUGCGUCCGACGACGACAGCGACGACCGCGUCGAUCCGCAGCACCAUGACCCGGAGCGGCUUAAAGCUUUCAAUAUGUUCGUCCGCCUCUUCGUCGACGAAAACUUGGACAGGAUAGUCCCCAUCUCAAAGCAGCCAAAAGAGAAAAUCCAGGCCAUCAUCGACUCCUGCACCCGGCAGUUCCCGGAGUUCGCCGAGCGCGCCCGCAAGCGCAUCCGGACGUAUCUGAAGAGUUGCCGGCGGAACAAGAAGGUGCGCGGAGACGGGCCGACCACGGGCAACGGAGGCAGCGCCACGGGGACCACCAACGCUUGGGACACUGCGGUGCGGCCGACGCCCGCGCACCUGACGUCGGUGCAGGCCGAGCACAUCCUGGCGCAGGCGUGCGAGAACGAGAGCCUCAACGCCAAGCGCAUGCGGCUCGGCCUCGACCCCGUCAGCCAGCCCAUGCCCACUGUGCCCACGCCUAUGGCCAUAGACACGACAGCAACCUCAGCCGUGGCGUCCUCGUUCCUGAGCCUGUACAGCAUCAACUCCUCCGCGCCCGCCACCUCCACCUCCAACACCACGUCCUCCUCGCACAGCAAGGCCGCCGCCGACACCACGAGACCCUCCGUCAGCCCCACGCUCGAGAACCCACUGCUGAAUAAUAAUAGUCUCAAGCUGGAUAACGCUAAUGGGAAUGCUGGCAGUAAGACUGCUAGUCCCGCUUCGUCUCCGGCUCCGCUGUUCAGACCGUCUUUCCCGUCCACGUUCGGGACACCGCAGACUUUUGGGCGUCAGAGCACCAACACAAAUCCGGCCACAGCUUUGUCGAGCAGCGCCCUGUUGUCCACGUUAUCAGCAUUGCCUCCAUCAGGUGUAGGCGUGAACGCGGCGAUGGCGGCGUACCAGAGCGCGCUGCUGUCUGCUAUGGCGGCGCACACACAUUCCUUCCCUACCAAUCUAUCCGCGCCAACAGACCUGUCCCUGAAGAGCCCGGCGCCGGCGGCGGCGGCGGUGCACGCGGCGCCGGCGGGCGCGCUGGGCAGCAAGCCGCUGCUGGCGCACAAGCUGUCGGGCGCCGAGGUGGGCGCCGUGCGGCAGCUCAUCACCGGCUACCGCGAGUCCGCCGCCUUCCUGCUGCGCUCCGCCGACGAGCUCGAGGCGCUCCUCCUCAACCAACCCUAGGACGAAGCCAAAACCGACCUCGCCAAUAUAUUCGGUUUCAAAUUUGGAUAUUUCUGAACUGUGCUAGUACAAAUUGUGAUUAAAUUCGUCUCGCUGUAGACUUUCGGUGCGGUUUUGAACGCGUUAUUAUUGACGACGUCGUGUCAAUUUUUGGUCUAAGUGAUGAAAAAGAUAAUUUUAGUUCGCUUCCUCGGAAUGUGAUUACUGAUUUUACGGUCUCAUGAUUUUAAGAUGAUGAUAAGUAGAUUAGGUUUGUGACUUUUGUCAAAUGAAAACUGUGCUGUAUUUUCCGGUUCACUGUGUUGUUGGUAAAAAUGUAGCACUGAGUUGCUGGAGUAGUCCUGCUGAUAAAACAGGAAAAUAAGUUUCUUCAAACAUACUACUAGAAAUAAUUCAUUGCAAGUUGUUAUUUGUUACAGUAUUACGGUUUUUUUUUACAAUAAUAUUCACUGUAAUGCAUGUUUAUAUAUAUAAUUGACUAGCAAUUGACUAAAUAUUUUUAUCGUGACAAAAUUAAGAUGUCGGUAACCUUGCUAAGCAGUGUUAUACUUCAAAGGCUCUGGGUGCUCCUAAGACUUUAGCAAGGUUACUUACUCCUGACUUCUAUGAAGUUCUUGCGCAAAUUUUCAUACAAAAUUUUGGAAUUAUAUGUAUGUACUCUGUAUGAAAACUUGCUCAAACACAUCAUGCUGAUCAACCUUUAUUGUAAAGAGUUCACUGUCCUACAAAUUAAACUAUAGGUAAGCUCGUCGUACAAAGCUGCCAUAUUAUUGUAAAAACACACACUAAGUGUUGCCAUUUGAGAAAUUACUCGUUGGAAGAGUACAAAAUUAUUUUUGUGUAUAUUUAGGAUUAAGAAAAAAAUCAGGGAGAUUUUAGACAUAGGUUAAAAAUUCGAUAUCUUGCCUGGUGCGUGAAAGUACACUUUAGGUUUAAAGAGACAAAGUCGCUUCGUGCGUUAAGUUGGCUAGUAAUCGAACGUGUAGGCAGCUUUUGUCAGAAGUACUUAAUAAUGCAGACAGAGAGGCCUAGCCGAGGCCCAAGUAUUUUAUCAUUUCUAUUCUUCGGGUUUGAAACACUUCACUUACAUGGUAAACUAUAUUUAACAGAGUUUAAAUACUAGGUUUUAAAGUGGCAUUCUAGACUUAAGAAGCACGAAUUUAUUUGUUGUUUUGUAUUAUACGAUUAGUGGUCUAGUUGUAUUUAUAUGAGUAAUAUAUUCUUAUUUAUCAUUCGGUUUCGAAGCUUUUAAAUAUAGGUCGGGGUCGGAUUUUAGUAUCAAAAAUUCGAAAAAUGCAAUAUCAUGACAUGUCGCGUUGAAUUUCAGUUUCUAUUAGUGCUUAGCCCGAGUGGACGCUCGAGUUGGGCGAGCAGCGGGGCGGGGCGUGCGGCGUGCAUAUUAAACAAAUGCUAACAUAUAGGAGCGGCCUUAGUGCACGCUGCUCACAGCACUUGUGAGCCCGACGCCACGCUGCCCGCUCCGCCGAACGCUUCGCUUCGAGCGUCCACUCAGGCCUUACACUUACCAUCAUUGGCCACAGCAUAUUUGCAGACGGUAGUUGCAGCGUCUAAGGAGGUAUUUUGAGGAGUACUCUACAGCCAACAGCGACUGUGAUGGCUGUAUAAACCAAUGGUCGAUUCGAAUUUCUUGCCGCAUCAGAUGUCUUGACUCCUAUAACCACCAAUUUAAAAAUCGCCAAAAAAACCUAAAAACAUUCAUUACAAUUCAGUCUUGAAAAGUGAUUAAGUACACAUCAAUCGAUACCAGACCUAUCCAAUUUCUCAUAAUAAACACUAUAAAAAUUGUCUUUCUUCUAAUUUCCAAUAUGUAUAUUCGCGCGUGCUAAUAUAAGGCUGGUUUAGUUUUCUGACGAACAGGGUGCGUAGCCAACGGGCCAAUCGUUAACGCUCCGUAGUGAACGCAACUGUCACUGUCGCACUAAUAUGGAAGAGUGAUAGAGAGAGAUGACUACGCUACGGAGCGUUAAAGAUUGGCACCUUGGCUAAGCACCCAGUACUGUCGUUGAUCGUUACUAAAGGGGUGGCCAGAUGGUCUGCAACGAAGCUUCCGUCCAAGGUGCUCUCGAUGGUUUCCAAUUGUGCUAUUAUAACACAUUACACAAUAUCGUUGUGCUCUGACAAACCUUAAUAUGAUCUUGGACCGUGGGCUGUUUGUUGUUCACCGUCUGGCCAUUCCUUAUUUGUUUUAUACAACGCAGCCCCCACGCUCGUGGGGAACCCCCAUCAUGGUACAAAUGGAUAUAUUCCCGCACUCGCGGAAAUAUGAACCGCGCUUAUAAAUAUUCGCUUUGCUCAGUAUAUUGUUUAGUUUCAAUGUAAAUCUAUUUGUUACCAUAGAUUUUAUGGCCAAGUACUGUACGUAGGUUAAUGUUAGUUACUGCUUACGGUUUACAAGAUAAGAGUUUCAUUUUUCCUGAAAUAUUUUGAAAUUUCUAAAUACCUACAAAUUUAUCAGAUUUGUAAAAUAUCGGGUACCAAUUGUACUAAUAAAUACUUAGUAGGUACCACUUGUCCAAAAUGCCACAUUUUAAAAAAUCUGAAAUAAAAUAUUAAGGUUUGUUAUUUAUGUUAAUUUGUAAAUCUGCUACUGGAAAACGGUGAGAUAUCACUAACUGUAAAAAAUAAGCCGAUCAGAAAGUUUCUAGGUUUGGCCUAAUUUUUUAUUUAUUUAGUUUCCAAAACCUCGUACUUAACGUUGUUAUUGUAAGAUAUUUUGUUAUAAAACUUUAUGCCUUUAGUUGUCCGGCCAGUCUAAGUUCAUAAAUAAAUAACUUAUUGAGUUAUCUUUUAACAGGAUUAAUAAUAGAAUAAUUAAACACAUACACGCUUAUUACGUUGCAAGAUAAGUUUAUAGCUGGGAUACUUUUUAUCAGUGAGAAGUUUUAAAUCAGUGGGCAAACUCAGUUUCAUUUCUACUUGCAGUCGAUGGUGAUAAGACCUCAUGUUCCUAACUUCCUACGCCUUACGAUCCGCGUGGUCGGAAAUUAUCUCGUAGUAAUGACGCUUAUCAUACAAUGAUGUAUAUCAUACAAUGAUGUACAUAUAUCAUACAAUAAUGUAUAUCAUUGUAUGAUAAGCGUCCGUCUUUCACUUAGCUCAAAUGACUCGAUUGUUGAGUGAACCAAAUAAAGGAAUCUACUAGUUCAUCCUAGUAUACUAAACAUCCCUAUAAUGGAACAGGCACCAGUAAUGGAAUGGUAUAGGCUAAACAUUCAACUUUUAACGAAUAAAGUGGUAGAAAUUUUACGGGAGCCGAGAAAAUAUCUAAAUCCUCAAAAUUUUCUCUUAAAUGAGUGGUGCCAUUAACAUAAUGAGAUAAUAUGAUAAAAAAUCCCGAAGACAACACAUACAAAUCUGGACAGGUUCCCAGUUUCAGAGGCGUAUAUUUCACACUGAUCAAAUGUAUUGUGCAGCCCACAAGAUAACUGUAUAAAUAUGUUUAAAAUUUUGCCAUUUUUCUCAAUAGGAUUAAACGCUUUCAUGCCAUUUUAAAAUAGAAAUUGUAAAUUCACUUUUGAAUAUAAAAUUGCCAAAGAUUCGAAUUGAUUUGUAUUUACUUGAUUGUACCUAUGGAUAUGGAAUUGCUGAUUGGGUGUUAUCAUAAGUUAAGCUAAGUUGUUCGUAAGCUUGGUUUCGUUGAAUAUCAUUCCAAUAUUUUUCUAAAAUACAUAAUUUGGUGCGAGAAGGGAGCCGUAGUCAGUGUAAGUGGAGAAAUUGUAAAAAGUAUGUUUAGAGUAUUAUAAAAAAGUUGAUUACAAAUAAUAUGUGAAGUUGAUGUUGGGAACGAAAUCGAAAGUGGCGAUGAGUACGUUGAGAAAAUGAAUUUGUUAGACAUUAAUAUAUAUUAUUAUUAGAGAUGUAUAAAUGGUUUACUAUUAUUAUUGGUUCGAGAGAAAAUACAAAAUGGAGAAAAAUACAAAAUGGCGAUUGUUACUAAUUACGAAAUGAGAAUUUAGUUAUAAUUUUUGCAAUUUCAAAAUGUGAGUUUUACAAUUUUGAAGAGAAAAUAUUAAAUAUGCUCAUAUACAGAA